AUGAUAGAUUUGCUUGGAGAUUUACAUGAAUAUACGAGAUCUAGAUACCCAGAUAUUCAACUUUCUAGUUAUAUAGAUUUGGAGAAAGGAAAUACAGCUAGUGGUGAACACAAAGACUUGGAUGAUGCUGGAUCAGAAACCUCUGAUGGAAUGAUGUCAAAAUAUUAUUAUGAAAUACAAUCUAUAGGAGAGUCCUUAGCAUCUAUUCAAAGUAAAAUUGAUGAGAUAAGACAUUUAAAACAAGAAGCACUAAUAACUACAAAUUCACAGAAGGAUGAAGAAAUAUCUCAAAGAUUAACAACUAUAUUGGAUCAAGCCCAUGAAAAUACGUUGGAACUUAAAAAUUACAUUGAGAAACUACGUCAACAAAAUGAACAAUAUAAAAAAAGUGCAGGUAGGAAAGAAACAUCGGAAAUUAGAAUAAGGGAAAAUUUACUGCAAGCUAUUACUAAACGUUUUAGAGAAACUUUGACUGAUUUUCAAACGGUUCAAAUGGAUUAUAAAGCCGAAAUGAAAAAUAAAAUGGCAAGGCAGAUUAAAAUUCUAAUUAAAAUGAAACUAAGUGGCUCUCAUGAAACAUUAAAUCAUGCAAUAGCUGAUCUACAAGAUAAAUACCGAGAUAUACGAAGACUAGAAAGAAGUGUAGAAGAACUUCAUCAACUAUUUAUUGAAUUAGCCUCACUAAUAAAUACUCAAGGGGAACUGUUAGAUCAUAUAGAAUUUUCAGUAUCAAAUGCAAAAGAAUAUACAGAAAAAGUAGAAAUUGAACUUAUUCAAGCUAGAAAGUAUCAAAAAAGUUACAGAAAAAAGAUGAUGUGGAUUAUUAUAUGCAUUUGUAUAUUAAUUACUGUAAUUAUUCUUCCAAUAGUUCUUGGAGUUACAUUAACUGUACAUAAAGAUGUUAGCAACCAUUGA